UUCCCAGGCCGCUAGCUCCAGUGCACCAAUAAUGGCCUUGACGAGCUCCGUCCGUGCAUAUAAACCCGCCCUCCCGCCUCGCACCGCUGCACCAGACUCACCCACCUUUUCCACAGUCCUCUGAAUCACGAGCCCGAGCUAGCUAGAAGAAGCCUCUGUCCCCAGCCGUGAACCAUGGCGGCAUCGGUGGCCUGCGCCUUCUUCUUCGACGCCGAGCCGGCUGGCGAGCCCGGCAAGCACGCGCUGGACGCGUGCGCGCUCUGCGCCAAGCGGCUGGCGCGCGACAGCGACGUCUUCAUGUACAGAGGGGACACGCCCUUCUGCAGCGAGGAGUGCCGGCGCGAGCAGAUGCACCUCGACGCCGUCUCCGACAGGCAGGCCGCGCGGAGGCUGCAGCGGUUCACGGCGGAGGCGGAGUGCCACCGUGGGCAGCGGCAGUCCAGGAAGGUGUCCAUCGCGAGCUAGCCGGCCGGGAGCGGAGGGUUUUGUUUGGAUCGACAAGAUCUAAGUUCUGAAGAAAACAACAUCUCUAUUCUGAAGAGCCAUCGAUGUUGUUUUGGGCGGCAGGGCAGGUUACUGGCAGCAUCAGGUCAGGUGGUGGGUGCCUGUACAGUGUCCAUGGGUUGGAGCUAAUUAAGCUGCCCGGGUGGGAGGAAAUUGUACCGGAUUCUUGGUCGGUCUGUGCUGUUCCGAUGAUUUGAUUUGGUUGGAAACGAAGUAGAAAAGUCAUGGAUCUGAAGUAAUCAAUCAAACAUGAUUUCACAAUUUGUUCGCGUUUA